GUUUGCUUUCGCGCACCCGUUGUUGUGCGUUUCCUAACAACGCCAUCUUACAGAAAACAUCCGAUUAGAUAGGCAUUAUAACAGGCUAAAAAUUUUAUCUUCUUGAUUCUCAAUGUAAAACGACGGAGGAGGUGAACAGCACAGAAACAUCUGAUACUGGACACAUUGAUGUCGUUUGGACAACAGAGUCAGAUAUUUCAUAUCUGUCAAGACAACCAUGGCAAAUUAUGGUUAGACAAGUUUAUUGUGAUUGUAUAGCCUAUGCUUUUUAAAAAAUGUUUUAAUUAGUUUUAAUACUGUUUCAAACACAAGUCCGAAAAACAUCUGGCAAAAUCUAUAGAAAUUCAUGCAUUGGAUGAUCCAAUGGGAACAACUGCAUACAGUGAAGACUUCUGCUGGAAGCCUGUGUCAAAGACUGCCUGUACGUCUGCCACAGCAUCAGGAAACAGAAGGAACAACCCACACCCAAGCCAGGCAUUCAUGGUGUGGAGACAUAAUGCAGAUCAAAUUAAACACUUUGAUGGUAGUUCCUCUCUUCACCUUUCUUUGACUGAGAAGGCAAUCCAAAAGGCUCUGAGUGCCCACAGGUCAACCUACCAGACUGACUUUAUUGGAUUACCUCAAGGGAUUAUGAAGAACCAUGCAAGUUUUGCUCCUUUUAACCGCAGUCAUGCUGUCCAUUACUAUAACCAGACUGAAAUGAGAGACAGCUACCGCCCACCUCAAUCAAAACUUGAGCUUUUGGGGAACAACUCUCGCUAUGGGUGCAAUAAGCUACAUGGUAUAGCAACAAGGGGUAUUGUCCCAACAGUGAUUCACAGCCACAUCAAUAAUCAGGAAAACAUCAAACUGCAGACCACCUACAAUAAGCAUUUUGGAAGAGGACAUACAGAUGUCUCCUCAGUGCUCAACUCAAUCCCACCUCAGACGUUUCUACAGAUUUGUAAGAAAUUAUCUGAUAAAGAAAAGAAGGAUUUGAAGACAAUGCACAUAAGCAGCUCCUCUUCUCGUAGAUGUAAGGUGAAGAAUACUGGUGUAUUCAUGCAAGCCCCUUCUUCCACACUGGAGAGGAUGUCUGCCUGGCCUGGGCCUUUAUAAACAUGGCAUUUUGAAUAAUGAAAAGCAAUAUGAAUAUUUGUGCAGUCUUUUUUAGGGUCAUGAGUCAGAACACUCCUAAUAUAAUGAUAUGCCUUUAUGCAUCUUUGAUGAUGUGCUUAAUAAAACACUCAAAAUAAACUGAAAACAGACAUAAACCAUUUUUACUAUAGAGCUCUUUUU